GAGAGUACGAAUUGUAAUGUAUUUGAAAACGCAAAGUUUUAAAAAACAACUUGGCAUUAUACUAAAUGUCCUUUGAGCAGUAGCUGGCCACUUGGGAGAACCUCUGGUGUUGCUGUAAGAAGGUCCUCCAUAGUACAUGUGGCAGGGCUCAAGCUGCAUUGUAAUAGAAGUUUUAUAUUUCAAAGAGAUGUUAAGCUUCUUCCGGAAGAGUCAGGAUCCCAAGAAGAUACCAGUGACAUGUAAAGAAGCAGAUGGUUUUGUUCUUCUGGACAAUACAGUUAAUGAAGAAAGGAAUGGCUCUACAGAUAAAACUUCAUUAUACGUGACUGGAUCUGAGGGUGAUCAGACUUCACAGACAAAUUCAGGCGCUCAGUCAAAGUUGACAGACACCGAGGUGGACACAGAAAAAAAUCAGAAUGUGGAAGGCAGUUCUUCUACAUUGGAACUUCUCAGUGAUAUACCUUUCACUCUUGCACCACAUGUCUUAGCAGUACAAGAUACCUGCAAUGACUUCUCCAGACAUUUGCUCUCUUGUGAUGUAAAUGACAAUCUAACAAGAUUUUGGUAUGAUUUUACACUAGAAAACUCAGUGUUGUGUGAGUCGUAAUUGAGUCACUUAAUUUAAAUAUGCACUUUGAUCGCUUGAAGUAGUAGUAUGUGCAGGUGUAACAUGUUAAGUAGUCCUGUUUCUCUGUGAUGUACCAUCAGAACAGCGUCCAGUAAAUAUUAAAAUUUCCCAUCCUUUGUGAUGUUUCUACUAAAGUACCUAAUCUGGCAGCUCUGCUACAAUAAAUAUAAUUUGAAUUCUUUAAAGCAAUCUAGCAGGCAUUUUCUUUUCUAAAAAGGCUAACCCAUUAUUAACAUUAGUUCAGAGCAGGCUUUCACAAUAUUUUUACCCAGGAGGAAUUCUUGAAAUAAUGUCCUUUUCUCAGGUAAUCCCUGCAUAGAAUUAUUGUAUCUACAGCUAAAAACAAUAUUUGUCUAAGAUUUACAACAUAGUUUACUUUACACCAUUUUAUGAAUCCAUAGCACUGUUGCAAAGUGGAAUCAAAUUCUAAUAGUAAAAAUGGGAAAAUGUAUAUCUGGGCACUAGCAAGAGUGCUCCAGUACAAAUUUGGCACUUCUGAUGCACAAUAAGUACUUGUAUUGUGCUUUGGCACUUCCAGACCCUAGCUGGUGUCUAAAUGUGCACUGUGGAGCACUGGAAGGCACAUUAAUGCUUAUUGUGUAUCAAAUCAUAAUGCAUCAGUCACUCCACUGGCUAUCACUGUGCAAUGGAUACCUGUAUAUUUGAAUGCCAUGAGUGCCCUUAUGUGACUAUGGACAUUGUUAAACUAUUCAUUUCAGUUUUGUGCUUGAGAAACCCUGGUUUACACUUUAUAUUUUCUGAAAUAUAUUUUCACAUAUUAUAUCAGUUUGCAUUUUGAUUUUAUAAAUGGACAGUGUGCGUGUGAUGGUGAAUAAAUCAUUUAAUUUUGCUGAAAUAGCUUUGAAAUGCUGUCAACAGUAAAUAAAAUGAAAAAAAUACUGAAUAAUCCACAACUCCAUAUGCAACUGAUUUUAUACAUCCAUGGUGCAAAAUGUGUUGCAGCCACAUUACUGUCUCUUGUCUUGGGGUUUUCAGAAAGUGUUUCAUAGAAACAUGCAGUUUUACAUUUGUUGCUUACUCUCAUUUCUACAUAUGGUCCUGAUUUAUGUUAAUUAAUUUUUCCAUUGCAAACCUUCAUAGCUACUAGAUACAUUAAAAUCUGUGAGUGUAUUGAUGACCACUAUUCAUUUUUCAGUGAAAGAUGGAAAAAGUGAUUUAGCUAUCUGGGAUUUAACUGUUGGGAAACAUCAGAUAGUUUCAUGUCCUCUGGAUUAGAUAAUGUCAUAUUCGUUUCAGAUCUCUUCAUUUCACUUAAUUAUCUGUUGACUUUUUCUCAUUAUUGUGAAGUAUAUGAACAAUUAUUAGUUAUAUGAAAGAUUUCUUUAUUUUAUUUUUUCCAAGGCGUUAGAUGAGGAAAGGAUAUACUUGUACUGUGCCAAAGGUAAGGCUCUUAGAGGAAAUGUGCAACGUGGGUAUUUAAAAGCUUGAAUUGUGUUUUUUUUCAGAUUAAUUUUCUUUAGUUUCAAAAUAUGGUGGUAAAUGCAAUAGAUGAAAAUUUUUAUUCACUUCAGUUGUAAAAACUUAAGAUUAAAAAAAUGUGUGAAGUGUGUGUUGAAUAAAAGCUAUGUUUAAAUGUGCUCUCCCUUUGUCUUUACAUGUGAGAUUUCUUUCUAUGUUUAUUUGAUAACAUGUCACAGGACUAUAAUAAAAUUAGUAAAUGAGAGAUUAUUUGUUUUUAUUAAAUGAAACAUAUUUCUUGAAUGUCCUCAUUUGUUACAAAUUCUGUUUUAUGAUGCAAGUCUAUCAACAGCAAAACUGUAAGAGGUGUUUUAGGGUAAUUUUUUUAUUUACCCAAAGGAAGGAACUAAACAAUAUUAUUAGGCAGGUAUAAUGUAUUCUGCAUUUCCUGGCAAGUGGGGAGCAUAAUCCCUCUUUAUCUGUGUGUAUAUCUGUGUUGUAUAUCAAAUUAAUUAAAUUUAGCAUGAAAUCAAUCAGAGUUUGGCCUCUUCAAAAACGAUACUGCUACUAUUACUAGUUUCACCGAUAGAUAUUGUUGUAGAAUUAUUUUGUUGCAUAUAUGCAUGAGCACUCACAAAUAUGAGCAAAUAUAAAUGCCCACACAGAAAGCAUUCUAUUAUAAUUUCUAUUAUAAUUAAGACUAAGUUUCAUAGUAUAUGAUAUGACCUUGGUUCCUGUAAAAUUAAUUUGUACAAUGAAUAAAUUGUUAUGUUGCUUGUUGGACUGUAGCUUUGGAUUGUGUUGCUUGUUGUGAAAUGCAUUGUUAAUGUAUUUUGUAAAAAUAUGAAAUCAAUGGAAAUACAAAACAAUAAAAAUGAACACUGUGAAAUUGC